AUGGAACAGGGAGCUGCUAUACGAGACAUAGAAAAGGCCACGACCGAGAUGGAGUGGGAUGACUGGUGGGCUCGACGAGAAGCAGAGGACGACGAUGACGCCGGCGGCGGUGGUCAUUCACCGCGGAUGGACAGCAGACUCGCACACCUUGUAGAAGCCAAAAAAUCCAUUCAGAAACGCCUGUACAGGCAAAAACACAACAGAGAUCUACGGCGAAAAAUCGCGGAACUAAACAAGCACAUCGAAACACACUGCGCCCAGCUAUGCAAUCAGGAAUGGGACGAGGUGUGCGACGCUAUGGACGGUAACAUCAACACGGGCAAGACGUGGAAGAUCCUCAAGCACCUGCUCGACCCGACGGCCACCAAGACGGCAGCGAAAGCGGAAAUGACCAAAAUCAGACACAAGUACAAAGGAAACAUCCGUGAGAUGGGUGACCAAAUUGUCAAGCUGUACCUCGACAGAUCCCCAGCAGUCGAACACCGGGACUACUCGGGCUCUCCCAACGAGCAUCUUGACAGAGACUUCUCCCAGCAAGAAAUCAGGGCAGUCCUGCAGACCAUCAAGACUAAGUCAGCUCCAGGUCCCGACAAAGUGACCAACAAGAUGCUCCGGAACCUGGACGACCAGGCAACGAGCCGUUUGACAGACUAUAUCAACGAGUGCUGGCGGAACGGGAGGAUACUCGACGAAUGGAAAAGGUCCGACGUGAUCCUCAUCCCUAAACCGGGUAAACCCCUAGAAAUACAGAACAUGCGGCCCAUCUCCCUCACUUCCUGCGUCGGUAAAGUGAUGGAACAUGCUUGCCUGAAUAGAGUUAACGGCUACCUGGAGUCUAACAACAUAUACCACAGCAACACGAUCGGCUUCAGAAGAAGGCUCUCUACACAGGAUGCCAUGAUACAACUCAAGGAGCAAGUCAUAGACACCACUGGACGAGGCCUGAGGGCGAUACUCGGACUAGAUCUAAAGAAGGCUUUUGAUAUGGUCUAG